AUGCAUUGUUCACGCUUCGUUUGGAAGGUGCUGGGCACUAGGCUUGUCCAGUCGGAAUUUCUUCCUAGACCACGGCCCAACACAAGCAAGUUCCGGGGUGCUCCCCACGUCUACCGUCUAGGAACUUGCAGCACUGUGCACCGGCACCGGGUGUACCGCCAGAAGGCCGUCAUCUGA